GGCGGCAUAUUUGCCGCUCUCUCUUUCUAUUAAUCUGUCAUUUGGCCCUGAGCUGAAACACUCAAUAGUUUUUUUAAAAACAAAGGUAUACGCAGAUCAAAAUUCAGAGUAAAAGAUCGACGAUGAGCAGCUUUUGCUCGGCGAUGGCAAUGACGGUGACGGUCGUCUUCUUCUUCUUGUUCCUUCAGCAAACUCCAUUAAUGGCGGAGGCGGCGAAACUUGAAGAAGAUCAUUUCAUCAUUAAGAAUAAGCCAACGCUGUACGAGUUUUCAAGCAGAGAUGAGAUGGUGCAUUUGGCCGGAUACGGCGAAGAGAAGCUCUCGACCGUUCUCGUCACCGGAACUGUUCUUUGUGAAGCUUGCCACGGCCGCCGCCGCCGCGAUCCACAACCUCAACUUCGUUCAUGGCCUAUAUCAGGGGCUUUGGUGUCUGUUAAAUGUGAAACUCCUUGUAAGACCAAAUCAAGUACAACACGAGCUACAACCGAUGAAUACGGAGAUUUCAUGAUCGAUCUUCCGUCCCACCUCCACGGAGUUGCCGAUUUGCAAAAGAUAUGCACCGUUAAAGUCAUCGGAAUACCGAAAGAGUCGAUGUGCCGACCAGUGUUCGUGAAGAAACACGAGCACCUAAGACUUUCAUCGGUCGGGAACGGGAUUCGUACCUACACGGCCGGAAGGAUUCGGUUCCAAGACAUCAUGUCUAAACCUUUAAAAUCAUGCAUCACAAGGGCUACCAAUACCAAUAAACAAAUAGCGUCUUGACUGGGAUAUGACGUGUGUAUGUGUGGAUGUAUAUGGCAAUUUUAUGGGCUCAUUUAGAUGGCGCUUCAGUCACAUUAUUGAGUUUACAAGCUGCAUUUAAUCAUCUCCCUCCAUUACAUAUGUAACAAUAUAUAUACAUAUAUAUAUUGCCAUGUAUAUAACAAUGUUUUGUAUUGUAUCUUGCUUUUGAGCCAAGAGAACCAAAUACACUUGCAUGUUUUAAACUA